UUCAUGUUUUAUAGUUUAUUACUGAAAAAAUAUGCAGUCAUGUUGAUUAAAAACUUAAAUGUGAUACUGUUUGUGUAUAGGAUUACAUACUUAGCUACGGGCAUAACGUUAUCAGGAAACGGAAAAUCUAAAGGUUUCACAGUCCUACAGAACGCCUCCUUGCAGCUGACAUGCUCUACGUCAAUCGAUGUGCAGAAUGUGACUUUUUUAAGAAGAUAUUUGAACAAGUCUCCUGAUCAAAUAACCACAGUAGGCUACGGCUCAUCAGGAUGUGGCACGGACCCAACUCCGCCAUCCUACCUUAACUGCUCCUGUGUCAGUAGGAAGGAAUAUGCCUGUGACAUCCGUAACGUCACCAUAGACAUGAAUGGGGACAUUUGGUUUUGUCAAACUCCAAGAGGAAAUACAACCGACGAGAGUGGGGAUAAAAUAAUUAUUGUCACAAAUGUGGCGACAACGUUGUCAGGGAACGGGACAUCUGGAGAGUUCACAGUUCAAGAACACACAUCCCUGCAAAUGACGUGCUUUUCGACGACCGAUGUCCAGUAUGUAACUUUUCAUAAAAGGUAUUUGGACAGAGCUCCUGAUACAAUAACCGCAGUAGGGUACGGCUCAUUAGGAUGUGGCACGGACCCAAAGCCGCCGUCCUACCUUAGCUGUUCAUGUGUUAGUAGGAGGGAAUACGUCUGUGUCAUCCGAAGCGUCACUAGAGCUAUGAAUGGAGACGUUUGGUUUUGUUCCUCUCCUGCAGAAGAUAGCAACGACGACACUGAUGAUCGAACAAUCGUCGUUACAAUCCGCCUAACGUCGGUGUCUAUGAUAAUACCUGCGGGCAGCUCCGUGUCUGUCAUAGAAAACACCGACCGGCAGUUCCGGUGUGAGACGUCUGCUGGGAAACCCAAGGCCAUUGUAGAGUGGUACAAGGACAACGGCACACCGGACAGAGCGGAUGACACUCAGAUAACUACCAGAACAGAGACGGAAUCGAACACUACUGAUAUUUUGAGUUUCACUUCCGGUAAACUGACGUUGACUGUGCAGAGGGACGAUCGAGAAGUUGGCGUGUAUUGUAGAGCAAACAACGACGGGUUUUGGAUAUACUCCUUCAGUGUUGUCUUAGAUGUUCAGUAUGAGGUCUCCACUCCGAAAGUACUCUAUAAGGCUUCCGAGGUAAACUCCACUGUACGGGUAAUAUCAGGGCGUUCCAUGACGCUCAUCUGCAGCAGCACGGGAAACCCGAACCCAACUUACACGUGGACAUACCCCGGUGGAGGCUCACAUACUGGGCCCUCUCUCACACUGGAUAGCGUGCAGGCAAAACAUAUCGGAGUUAUCAUGUGUACAACAAGGAACAGGUUAGCGCCUACUGGGGGAGUAGCGGUUAUUAAGACACGUCAAGCUACUACAAGUCUCCAAGUUCUAUCUCCCCCGGGUAUACCGUCAUGUUACAUCAAUGGUACUUCUAUCUCGACCACUGUCAUAAUACCGGAGGGCACAAACCGUACUAUUAACUGCACCAGUUCCGCCAACCCGCCCCAGAUCACGUACACCUGGUCAACACCAGGCCGUGGUCAAGUGUCCCGGGCCGCUUUGUCCCUGAACAAUGUCCAGCACCCGGCUGACCAAGGCCAGUACACCCUAACGGUCACAAACACCAUGGAUCCAACUGGAGGCAGCACAGAAACGGGAAUCAGCAACACUACUUUCAUUGUAGAUGUUCAAUUUGCACCCAGGGUAAACCUUCCUCAGAGUUAUGACAUAUUCGAGGGAACGGUCCUAAAUUAUUCAUGUUCGUUCAUCCCUGGGAACCCUUCUCAGACAUUGUUUGUCUGGAGGAGGCUAGAUGACGGACGAAAAUGGAACAGCCAGUUUCUCAGUUUAACCACUGUGAAUAAAUCGGACGAUGACUAUUACAUAUGCACUGCCACAAAUCAGUUGACACCUACUGGGUUAUCUACCCAGACUGGAACUCAAAGCGGAACCAUGCACCUAAAUGUUCAAUAUAAGUCAAGCGUAGCAGAAUUUCAUGUCUCUGGAUACAACAAUUCAGCAAGUGUUACACAAAUGGAGAAAAUAAGUACGUUGUUUACCUGUACGGUGGAUAGUAAUCCUCCAUCAACCAUCAAAAUACUUAAAGACGGUGAAAUAAGGAGAUUUGCCAAUAACUCAAACCAGCUUGAGUACACCAUUGCAAACCCGACCUGCAUGGACGCUGGGCUUUACACUUGUGAUGCCAGCAACCAGUUUAAUAUCGACACACCUUCUGCACGGGACGUACGGCUGUUUGUAACAUGUUCACCAAGGCGCCCUCCUGGCAAGGACAUCAAGUUGAACUUUACAGCUCAAUUACAUGAUAAUGUAACCCUGCAGUACACUGUGGUUGCGUACCCAGUCCCGAUCGCUUCACAGUUCGUCUGGAAAAGAUGUUUUGGCAGAAAUAUUUGCGUACAGCUAUUUAAUAUCUCCACAAAGUUUGAAAUUACAACAAACGAUUCGUCGAGUAAUUUUACCAUUAUGAAUACUGAUAUUGAUGAUUUUGGUGUGUACAGUCUUUCAGUUAAAAAUGGCAUUGGCGAUGAACUGGUCGAGGAUUUUCUUCUGCAAUCAAUCGGUCCACCUGAUACUCCGACCGGGUUCAAUGCUAUUUCAAAUACAGUCACGAGUUCAAGCGCUGUUUUAUCAUGGAUUCCAGGAUCUAACAAUGGGUCUCCGCAAACGUUCCGCAUAUCAUAUCGAGUAUUAGAUACUUUGGCGGACUGGCAUAAUGUUACUAUUCAACAUAACGGAGAAACUGAGAUGAACGUUACUCUGGAUGAUUUAGAACCAGGGAGAUCUUAUUUUGUGGAAUGUAAUGCUUUGAAUAUAGCAGGUGAAUCAGCGAAGAAAUACAUUAUAUUCAGCACACCUACAGAAAGCGCAAAUUUUAAACCACAAGUCGUUGCAAUUGCUGGUGGUGUAACAGCUGGGGUCUUGACACUGCUAGUCAUUGUUGUCGUCUUAUGUGUUCUUCGACGUAAAUUAUCCACAGUGUGUAGAAGAAACAACGGUUCAACUUCAAGCACUACCAUAUAUGGUGCUGAGGAUCCUGGUUAUAACGCUGCAGUAACGUACGAAACAAUAUCAGCAAAAAACAACACGCUUGUUUACGACGCUUUGAGUGCUGGAAAUGACGGAGCGGAAACGUUACACGUGUACAUGCCGCUAAAUGAGUCUACAUCAAACACAGAUCAAAACUACGAGAAAUCAAAGACAAAGGAUCCCGUUUACGACAACACGAUGCAGAAGGACCAAGUGCAGACAGUUAUUUAAGUGAAACAAUUGAAUUCCAUGAAUAAUGAGCCUAUGUCAUCGUUUUUAAUAUUCCGAAAUGAUUAUCGUAUAAUCUAUAUACGUAUAUGGGUACAGAUGUCCCUUUUUGCUUAGAGAACACUGUCGACCUGACUAUAUCUGCUGUUAAUGAACAAGCUUAUGUGUGAAAAAGAAGUUUCAUCCAAAACAGUCUUUGAUUUGGGACAGGAAAAAUCAGAAAUCCUUUGUUAGCAGACGAACUUAGUUAGUGUUUACAAACAGAUCCUAAUUACAUGCCCAGAUAUACAUUGUAACGACUUAUUCCAAUACUGGGGGAUUCAAUUUAAUGAAUUGAAAUGUUGAUAAAAAAUGUUGGGAACGCAAACGAAGCAAUCUGCAACUCAUGAAUACUCCUACAUUAAUCUUAUUAGUGUAACUAGUUGAAGCUAUAGCCAGAUAUGAUAAAUGUAAGAGAUCGGUAUUAAAAUGUAAACAUAUCGUAGAACAUUACUGUCUUACUGUAAGAACCUGACGAUUAAUACUAAUGUAUUAAAUUAUUAUUAAUAUAAAUCAGCUGCUAAUUUUCAUAUUUUGUUGUUGUUAUUUUUUCAAUAUAAUAUUGUCUAAUGAUUUUUUGCAUAUACAUGUAGCUCUUAAAACUUGUACAAUUUUGAUAAAAAACAAAGUAUUAACCACUUAGUAUUACUGUUGUUGUUUUUUUCGGCGAGUAAUUCAAAAAGGUGCAACAACGAGACGUGUUUUAAAAUUGUUUUCAUGACUUUUUCUUGGGCGAUUUAAACAGUAGCCUAGCGUAGGUGUGGUAUUCGUAGAAGGUAGAAUUUGACACAAUCUCUACAACAAACAACACCAUUGUACAUUACUGCGUUCAUUUAUCGCAUCAAACGCUGCAAAAAAAUUAAACCACAAGAUCAAUCGUAAUACCAAGUGUUAAUUACAAUAUACAGAACAAUAAAUGUAAUAAAUUGUGCGUCACGAAAGACAUGUUUACCAAUUAUCAAAUGUAAUUGAAUUAAUUUGUUAAUGCUU